AUGGACGAUGAUGAUCUGGACGAUGUGUAUGAUCCGGAUCAACCUCUGGAAGAGAGACGGAAGGUCCAGCAGGGAUUCCGCGAUCUCCUCCGCGACAUCACAGAAAAUAGCGAGGAAUAUCUGCAGGGUGAUUCUCACGGUCUGCACGAGACUAUUUUACGGGCCAAUGAACUAUCCAAGCAAGUACGACAAACUACAGAAGCAACCAUUGAUUCACGGCUGCUUGUCAGUACGACCGACCUGUCAUAUCGGAAAACACUACGCCUUACUCAAGGCAGCCUAUCACAGGGUCUUGACGUUGAUGACUUCAUCUCCAAGUGCAUUACAUAUAUGCGAAAUGGUGGGGGGAUUACGAGCGAUCAAUCCCUGGAGCUCUCAAGCACCCAGAGGCAGCGGAGGCGGACAGUACACGACAGAUCAAACGACAAUGAUAAUGACGAUGUGGGAGACGAGGGAGACAUGAUGAAUUGGGCCCACCUCGGUCGUUUUGCUUGCUUGCCAUACAUCAGACGACCUGCGUUGCCUGGCUUCCUUCUAGGUCCACUAUCGGUGGAAAAGAAGGUACGCAAGGCAGCAAAGCGAAAUGCCCCGUUUCGUCCAAAUAGUUUAACGGAGACGAGGCCUGAAAUCCUCAAUGUGGAUGACCUAGCCAAGAAGGAAAACGACCUUACCGUCAUAUGCGGGAAGAUUCUUCAACAGCUCUACAAGAUCCAGGCUGAUACACAGCAAACAGUGGCAGACUUGAUCACAGACGACAUGGAUGACGAGGAAAACACUCGGAUUAUGCACCAGCAUGGGCUUCGAAGUACAGGAGGAAUCGACCUAAUGCGAUUCGUGGUUAACCCAAAGUCUUUUGGGCAGACCAUCGAGAAUUUGUUCUACGUGAGCUUUCUAAUCCGUGAUGGGAGGGUGGAGAUUGAUUUCGACGAACAUGGUCUCCCCGCAUUAGCACCAGUAGACCGAGAGAGCGAUGACACCGCCGCUAUUCGCCAGGCAACAUCCAAGCAUCAAGCUAUUUUAUCCAUGGAUAUGGAAACAUGGCGAGACAUAAUCGACACAAUGGGCAUCAAAGAACCCAUGAUUGAACACCGACCAGAACUAACGGUUUCCGGCCCAGGAGCCAGGGGCUGGUAUGGCUAA